AUGUGUCAACGAUCAGGUGAACAAGGAGAUUUUCUUGCUGAAGCUCAAUUGGCAAUUGAUGAUGUUGCUGAUGGAAUUGUUGAUGAUAAACAAUUAUCAAAAUAUCUUAAUAAUCCAGAUGAUAUAUCAACAGCAUUUAUUAAUAUUAAAUUAAAAUCUAAAAAAGAAUUUUGUAUUGAAUUAUCUCAAAAUGGUUAUAGAAUUGUUGGUUAUCAUUUUGAUGAUAAUACUCAAUCAUCAAAUUAUUUUUAUGAAUCUUUACAAGCACUUUUAACAAAUGAAUCAAAAUCUUAUGUUGAUUCUUUCGCGAAAACUUUACAAGAUAAACUUUUUGCAACACAAUAUCAAUUAGAACAAUAUCAAGAUGAUGAUGAUGAUCAAUGA